AUGGCUCCGCUCGAGCAAGUUGAAGAAGACAAUAUCUCCGUCAGCGUCUUGCAGGAGCUAUUAAAGACCCCAUACGCUUGCUCCUCGCUAACCCAACUCACUGGUGGGACUGCCAACUUUGUCUAUCGUGGCACCUUAACUCGACCCUUGCCUGCUCAAAAUGGAUCCACAGCCAAGAGUGUCAUUAUCAAGCACUCGGCCGACUUCGUGGCCGUCAACCGGGACUUCCCACUCGAUGUCACUCGUUGUGUUCUCGAAGACUUCCCCGAUAGCGGUGAUCUAAAAUCCGUCUUCUUCUUGCCCAAUGUUGGCAGUCUUCUUCCCGGUUCCAGCGCGACGACCAUCGGCCACCACUUGGGGUCCUGGCUUCGGUCCUUCCAUGCGUGGGCUUCGGCACCGAAGCAGGCUAGAAUGCGAGCCUCGAUUGGGCAGAACCGCCCGAUGCGAGAACUGAAGCGCAUGGUAACCUACGGUAGCUUUCUCACGGUCCUGGAAAACUUUUCCGAACUGUUGGUGGGCUGCAAGGAGACGCUGGAAAUCGUCCGUGAUGUCAUGUCAAAGGAGUUCGAGAAGCCGCCGGUUUAUGAGGACGAGGACUGGGGAAUUAUACACGGGGAUUACUGGUCUGGGAACGUCCUACUUCCGAAAACUCCAUGGCAAGAGCCCGGCGCCGGAACCAACAAGCUCUUCAUCAUCGACUGGGAAUUAGCUCAGUAUGGCCAUAGAGCCUACGAUCUCGGCCAAAUGAUCGGCGACCUUUACGAGCGGAAAAUAUUCAGAGAUAUCGACAUCGUCAUGCCCGUCAUGCAGGGCGUCAUGGAAGGUUACGGCGAGCUGAGCGACGAUACGGCGUUUCGGACUGCUAUCCACGCAGGCGUUCAAUUGAUCGGCUGGUAUAAUAGGCGGCCCCCAACGGGUCCUCUGAUGGCACCGGCGGAAGUGGUCGUGGCCGGGUUGACGGUCGGAAGGGACCUCAUUCUGAAGGGAUGGGAGAAAGACAGGAAGUUCUUCGAGAGAAGUGUGUUGGCAUCUUUGUUUGCCGCAAAGUAG